CACACUCUCACACACACACACACACACACACACACACACACUUGUAUUUUGUGCUGUCGUAAAACCCACGUGUCCAGCCGGGAGGCUGCCAGAGCGUGGAGCUGAGGAACCCGGACGCUGCGGCGGGCCGAGCGCAGCAGCCCAGCGCGGCUCCGAUCGGCGCCCGGGCCGGCCCGCGCCCCCGCGCGCUCGGCUGAACUGCUCUAGCGCGCUCCGCCGGCCUCCGCGCCCAGCGCUCGCCGCCCAGGAGGGUUCGGGGCCGCCCGACCAUAUCCAGGGCGUUCCUCCCCCGCCGCGCAGGGGCAUGUAGCGCACGCGGGACGCACACUGUACCGCACGCUCCCCGACACGCGCGCACGCACGCACCCGCCGGCGGCGCCGAGUUUCCAGCUUGAGAGGUCGGACAUGCUGAAACCCGGAGACCCCGGCGGCUCGGCCUUCCUCAAAGUGGACCCAGCCUAUCUGCAGCACUGGCAGCAACUCUUCCCGCACGGCGGCAGCGGCGGCCCGCUCAAGGGCGGCGGCGCCGCGGGUCCCCUGGGCGCGCCCGGCGGGGACGUGAGGGGCGGCCCGCGCUUCCGCUGCAGCGCCGAGGAGCUGGACUAUUACCUGUACGGGCAGCAGCGCAUGGAGAUCAUCCCGCUCAACCAGCACACCAGCGACCCCAACAACCGUUGCGACAUGUGCGCGGACAACCGCAACGGCGAGUGUCCCAUGCACGGGCCGUUGCACUCGCUGCGCCGGCUCGUGGGCACCAGCAGCGCCGCGGCCGCCGCGCCCCCGCCGGAGCUGCCCGAGUGGCUGCGGGACCUGCCGCGGGAGGUGUGCCUGUGCACCAGCACCGUGCCCGGCCUGGCCUACGGCAUCUGCGCCGCACAGAGGAUCCAGCAGGGCACCUGGAUCGGGCCCUUCCAGGGCGUCCUCCUGCCCCCGGAGAAGGUGCAGGCCGGCGCCGUGAGGAACACGCAGCAUCUCUGGGAGAUAUAUGACCAAGAUGGGACACUACAGCACUUUAUUGAUGGUGGGGAACCUAGUAAGUCGAGCUGGAUGAGGUAUAUCCGAUGUGCAAGGCACUGCGGAGAACAGAAUCUAACAGUAGUUCAGUACAGGUCGAAUAUAUUCUACCGAGCCUGUAUAGAUAUUCCCAGGGGUACCGAGCUUCUGGUGUGGUACAAUGACAGCUAUACGUCUUUCUUUGGGAUCCCCUUACAAUGCAUUGCCCAGGAUGAAAACUUAAAUGUCCCCUCGACGGUCAUGGAGGCCAUGUGCAGGCAGGACGCCCUGCAGCCCUUCAGCAAGAGCGGCAAGCUGCCCCCCGCCGCCCAGCAGCGCUCCGUGGUCUUCCCGCAGACUCCGUGCAGCAGGAACUUCUCUCUCCUGGACAAGUCUGGGUCCAUGGAGUCGGGAUUUAACCAGAUCAACGUGAAAAACCAGCGCGUGCUCGCGAGCCCGACUUCCACCAGCCAGCUGCACUCGGAGUUCAGUGACUGGCAUCUUUGGAAAUGCGGCCAGUGCUUUAAGACUUUCACGCAGCGGAUCCUUCUACAGAUGCAUGUGUGCACGCAGAACCCUGACAGACCUUAUCAGUGCGGUCACUGCUCCCAGUCCUUUUCACAACCGUCCGAGCUGAGGAACCACGUGGUCACUCACUCCAGUGACCGGCCUUUCAAGUGUGGCUACUGUGGCCGUGCCUUCGCCGGGGCCACCACCCUUAACAACCACAUCCGAACCCACACUGGAGAAAAGCCCUUCAAGUGCGAGAGGUGUGAGCGGAGCUUCACGCAGGCCACACAGCUGAGCAGACACCAGAGGAUGCCCAAUGAGUGCAAGCCGAUCACCGAGAGCCCGGAAUCCAUCGAAGUGGAUUAACGGAUUGACUGGUUGGAAUUAAACUGCAAGGAAAGUCAUGAUUAAAUGUCAUGGACGCUUAAGCAAAACCAAAGAUUUCCUCUGAGCAACUUUCAAUCAGUCCCAGAAAACCAAAAGCAGUAAUAAAAUAAGUAAGAUGUGAAGAGAUAUUGAUCCUGGCGUGGAAGUCCGACCAGGAAAGAGAUUAUUUAUUUAUGACUAGGGAUGAGACUUGUUUCAGUGGACGCCUGACCUGGGACGGCUCCCGUGGCCGCUCCCACCGUGUAUUUGCUUUGUUUCUAAAAAGCUUUUUUAAACUGUUAUUUAAUACCAAAGGGAGGCAUCCUGUGGGUUCUCGUGCCCACGCUUGUGACUGAGAAUCCACAGGGACUUCUUUCUCAUUGCACCUUUUUUUAGUAGCAUGAUUCAAGGGGACCCGUUGUACAGCCCCCUGCCCCCCUUCCUGCCACGUGGGUUCGGGUGGCGUGACGCGGCCACCCCGGCAGGACCGCGGAACCCGGAGCCAGAGCCUCUGCUAGGUCAGUGCCACCGCGGGCCCCCGCGGGUGGUCCAUUUCUGUGUCUUCCUACGCACUUUUUACGCCACUCCUUCUGUCCAGCAGCCUGGCCUUGGCGCAGAAGAGCCUGGAAGAGGCAGAAGAUGAUUCCGUCUCAGAAUUCAAGGAAAAGAAGUGGGGACCUUUCUCGGGCCUGUCAAGAUCUCAGAAACAUUGAACCUGUACAGAGCUUCAUAAUACAGUAUAUUGUUCCGAAGCAGCUAGUUGAGAAGAUUUUGUUUUC